AUGAUUACAGAUCAGGCCGCACCAACCGUUCGAGCUUUCGCGUUUUGCAGAAGCAUCUUCGAGCUGCUGCGGAUUCCUUAGGGUUUUAUUGUUCGUUUGAUUUUGAUAGAGAAGUUUCAAUGGCUUCUGCUUCGUCUUCUUCUUCCUCGUCGUCCAAGCUCUGCUACAACCCUGACUGCAAAGAAUUCAAGUCCGAAAGACCUAAACAAGGUUGGAAACUUCGUUCCGGAGAACGAGCCGAGCUUUGCGAUCGAUGCGGUACUGCUUUUGAAGAGGGAAGAUUUUGCGAAACUUUUCACUUGAAUGCUUCUGGUUGGAGGAAUUGUGAGACUUGUAGGAAGCGGAUUCAUUGUGGAUGUAUUGUCUCAGAUAAUUCCUUUAUGCUGUUGGAUCCUGGAGGAAUUGAAUGCAGUGGAUGUGCAAGGGAACAUAGUAUUUUGUCGUCGAUCCGGCCAUGGCCACAAUCUUUUUCCUUUCAAAAUCGUUUGUCUGAUAGACUUAGAGACCUGCCUGCAAAAAGUUGGAAUCAAUUACUUAGAUCUGGUCCUGUACCAUGGAAGGAAGCACCCAGUCUACUCAAUUCAGUUUCUUCAUCUGACAUGUAUCCGGAUGUGUCCUCUCUAGUUGAAUUAUCAAAUAAAGUUGACAAAAUUUAUGGCAAUGAAACGUUUCCUGUCUCUUCCUUGGAAAAGAAAAAUGAGGAUUUGUCUGGAAUAUCUAAUUGGAGCACUAAGCUUGGUUCACGGGAAAUGAUGCUUAUGAAUGGAAUGAGGAAUGAAGACAAAUCAAGUUCAUGUUUAAAUAUUUGCCAGCAGUCUCCUUCUCUGAAGGAAGAUUCAUCUCCACAAGCAUUUGGUUUGUCUAUACCUUACACUUCUCCAAAUGAAAGAAAUGGUCAAAUUGGGGUAACUGGAAAUCAUCUACAACAAAAUCCUCCACCUCCUCCAGGAAAACAAUUUAGUGGCCCUGUUCAUUUAUCACUUGACUCAUUAGGUGAAACUCAGGUUCACAAUGGACGGCCUCGAGUAGAUGACCGAGGAAGAAACCAGUUACUACCACGAUACUGGCCCAGGUGUACUGAGCUGGAGUUACAGAAAAUAUCUAUUGAUUCUAAUUCUGCCAUUACUCCAUUGUUUCAAAAAACCUUGAGUGCUAGUGAUGCUGGGCGAAUUGGGCGUUUAGUGCUACCAAAAAAAUGUGCCGAGGCCCACUUCCCUAAAAUUUAUCAGCCUGAAGGACUGCCGCUCAAAAUCCUUGAUGCAAAAGGCAAGGAAUGGAUAUUUCAGUUUCGCUUCUGGCCCAACAAUAACAGCAGAAUGUAUGUUUUAGAGGGUGUCACUCCCUGCAUACAGUCCAUGCAGUUGCAAGCUGGUGACACAGUAACGUUUAGUCGGUUGGAGCCAGAAGGGAGAUUGGUUAUGGGGUUUCGAAAAGUUUCAGGUGCUACCCCAUCUGAUCAGGACAAUGAAACAAAUAAGUCUGGAAAUGGAUUCUCUGCGCUUGAAGUUGAGCUGGCUGAUCCUAAUUCAUGGUCUAAAGUGGAUAAGUCUGGCUACAUAGCAAAAGAAGCACUGGGGAACAAAUCUUCAAUCUCUAGAAAGAGAAAGAGCAGCAUUUUGGGUUCAAAGAGUAAACGUCUAAAAAUUGAAAAUGAGGACCUAAUAGAGCUGAAGAUUACAUGGCAAGAAGCUCAAGGCCUGCUCCGUCCCCCACCUAACCAUGUUCCCAGCAUUGUGGUGAUUGAAGGUUUUGAAUUUGAGGAAUAUGAGGAUGCUCCUGUGCUUGGGAAGCCAACCAUUUUCACCACUGGUAAUGUGGGUGAAAAGAUCCAGUGGGCUCAAUGCGAAUUUUGUCUUAAGUGGCGCAAAUUACCAGCAAGUGCACUUCUUCCAUCAAAAUGGACAUGUUCUGAUAAUUCAUGGGACCUGGAAAGAUCUUCGUGUUCAUCACCACAAGAGCUGACCGGAGAACAGCUUGAGAAUCUGCUACCCUCUCGUAAUGCAGCUGUUUCCAAGAAAAGGAAGGCUGCCAAGCAGGAUCCUGAUAAUGUUGAGGCUUUAGAAGGACUUGACACACUUGCAGACCUAGCUAUCUCGGGAGAGUGUGAGGCACUCCCGGCUUCUGUCCAGGCCACAACGAAACACCCACGGCAUAGACCUGGCUGCUCUUGCAUUGUUUGCAUUCAGCCUCCAAGUGGGAAGGGCCCCAAGCAUAAGCAGACAUGCACUUGUAAUGUAUGCUUAACAGUGAAGCGCCGUUUUCGUACCCUAAUGUUACGGCGUGAGAAGAAACAAUCGGAAAGAGAGGCAGAGACAACACGGAAAAAGGAGCAGCAGCUGUUACCUUCAUCUGAAAUUUUGAUUGAUGAUGAUUCACUGGCAUGUAAUAACACGGGAGAUAAUAGCCCAAACCAGAACCGGGAGGGCGUUGAUGGUUCUGAUGAUAAUCCCAAACGGAUAAAAUUAUCUGCCUUGCCAUUCAAAGGCCAAAUUGACCUCAAUAUCCAGCCAGAGCGAGAGGAAGAGUUAUCACCUAGUUCUGAUUCCGGUAGCAUGGUGAAGGUGCUCCCUGAUGCUACUGAAAGGUAUAUCAGACAGCGGUGUAUGUUGAAAUCUGCUGCUACAGAUUCAUCAAGCAGUCAGUCACAGCGAGUUGGAGAUGGAAUGAGAGAAGAGGAACUAAGUAAUGGUGUUGUAGCCCUUGGAAACAAUAGUCAUAAUGCUGAUCAGGAACAUGCCCAAGCUUUGUCUAUGAAUGUGUGAAACUCCAUAUUUGCUAGAACUUCCGGCGACAUGUUCUUGCAUAGCCAUAUAGAAGUGGGGGGAACUUUUUGCUAUACAUUUUUAUCCACUUCGGUUUCUUGCUUUUUCAGUCUGUACAUAAAGAGGGUAGGAAAAAAAAGGGCAAUUGGUGAAAAGCUAAUGAUAUAUUCCGGUAAUGUUAUCGGACAUCACAGCAGUUAGUUUAGGGAAAUUAUUAAAUGCAGCUGAAUGGGGUAGUAGGUUGAAGCUAUUUAUUUUCUUGAGAUCUCAACUUGCCACCUCCGUUCAACAACAUUGAAAAAGUAACUAGGCCUAAUUUUUUCCCCCAAUUUUUUUAGCCUCUAAGAUGUUUCUAGUAAAUGAAAAUGAAGAUUACCAGCUAAAGCAAGCUAGUUUAGCCUGUUGAUUUAGCAGAGUAUUUUGUUAGGGUGUUUGGCUUGUUGGGUCUAUAAAUAGUUCAUUAGUGUAAACAUUUGAGAUAUUUUUAAUGAUU